AUGUUCGGCGACGGCACCUUGCAAUACCGCCACGGCAUCGCCGCCGCGCAAGUCGUCACCUUCACCGUCUCUCUGGCAUUCAGUAUCUGGUUCUGCCUACGCGGCCGAAUCGGCUGGUUCUGUAUCGGCAUGCUCUCGAUCAUCCGUCUCGUCAGCGCCAGCUGCAUGCUCUGCACUAUCAACAAGGACGCGGACGGGCUCUGGGCUGCCGUGUUUGUUUGCGAAUCACUCGGCAUGAUCUUGAUCAUCUUUUUGCUUCUUGAAAUGUUGGAAAGAAUAAACAAAACCCACCCCACAACCCCCCGCCUAGUAUUCAUAAUCCCCCAGCUCCUAACCUACCUCGACAUCUGCAUCUCAAUCGCGGGCUUCAUAGCCGUAACAAAAAAAGAACACGCCCUCCUCCCAACCCCCUACAGCCGCGCCGGAACCGCCCUCAUCGUCUUAAUCUACCUCUGGACCGUCGGCGUAUUCCUCACCUUCCACCUCCACCGAUCAAGCUUCCCCGCCAUCGAAAACAGAACAUGUCUUUGUGUGGCGAUCUGCGUACCGAUAUUAGCUGUUCGGGUGACGUACUCGCUCGUUUUUGUCAUUACGGCGGAUAUGGCGUGGAAUGCGGUAAAGGGGAAUCCGGGGAGGUGUCUGGGGAUGAUGAUGCUGCCGGAACUGGGGAUUGUGGGGUUGUGUACGUGGAUGAUUUGGGCAAUUCCGGCGCUGGAGAAAGAGGAAAGGAAGAAGGGGAGAGGUGGGAAGGAUGUCGAGGGGGAUGCUGGGAGUCAGGAUAUUCCGUUGGUUAGGUGA